CCCUGGUGUCACUGCGGUGUGCACAAGUGCUCCAUACACACAUACACACGCCCGCCGCCGCUGCUGCAAGCAACAGGUGUCCUCUUGUUGCACACACAGACGAGCGUGGAGACGGCCUUCCUAAGACCAGGGAACAAUAAAGAGGCUCACACGAAGACUGACAGAAGUUACAUGAACAUUAACAAAGGUACAGGAACACUAACAGAGGUUCAGUAACAUUGACAGAGCUACAGGAACACUAACUGAAGGUACAGAAACACAAACUGAAUAUACAGGAACACUCCCAGAGGUACAAUAACACUGACAGAGUUACUAACAGAGGAAGAGGAGCAGACGAAGGCAGGAACACCACACCAGCAUCAUGCCACGGGCUCGCUGCAGCGACGAACUGUCUGCUAUUCACUCCACUGCCACGCGCAAGGAGGACAGACCACAGUCGCCUAUUGCCGUCAUGGAUUCAGACGAGUACAGGAAACGAGGUAAGGAGAUGGUGGACUAUAUUGCUGAUUACCUGGACAACAUCCGGGAGAGGCGGGUGUUCCCGCAGGUGGAACCCGGGUAUAUGCGAGACCUGGUACGACGCUGCCCUGAGCUGCCUGAACCCUGGGACAACAUCUUCAACGAUGUAGAGAGAGUCAUCAUGCCUGGGGUGACACACUGGCAGUCACCAUAUAUGCACGCCUACUUCCCGGCACUGAACUCUUACCCAUCACUGCUGGGAGACAUGUUGGCUGAUGCUAUCAACUGCCUCGGCUUCACCUGGGCGUCAUCGCCAGCCUGUACUGAGCUGGAGAUGGUUGUCAUGGACUGGCUGGGCAAGAUGAUCGGCUUGCCGGAGCACUUCCUUCACUCCUGCAAAGACUUUCCUGGAGGAGGCGUCAUACAGACGACUGCGUCAGAGGCAACAUUUGUAUGUCUGUUGGCGGCACGGACGGAGGCCAUCCAGAGGUACCAGAAGGAGUACCCGGACCUGGAAGACGCCGAGAUCAACUCCAGACUUGUAGCGUACUGCUCCGACCAGGCACACUCCUCGGUGGAGAAGGCUGGUCUCAUUGGUCUGGUGAAGCUACGAUACAUCGAGAGUGAUGAGAACUUAAGCAUGCGUGGAGACCGCGUCCUGGAGGCCAUCAACAUCGACAGGGACAAGGGUCUCAUACCCUUCUUCUUGUGUGCGACACUGGGCACCACAGGUUCCUGUUCCUUUGAUCACCUCAAGGAGUUAGGUCCUAUAUGUGAGCAGGAGGAGCUAUGGAUGCACGUGGACGCAGCGUACGCCGGUACGGCUUUCAUCUGCCCAGAGUUCCGGUACUUGAUGAGUGGUAUAGAGUACGCUCACUCCCUCGCUUUCAAUCCCUCCAAGUGGAUGAUGGUACACUUCGACUGUACCGCCAUGUGGGGCAAGAACACGGCCCCCCAUCGCACCUUCCUGUGGACCCCCCCCUACCUACACCACGGAACUUCAGGUCUUGCAAUUGAUUAUAUGCAUUGGCAGAUCGGACUGAGCAAACGCUUCCGAGCGAUCAAAUUGUGGUUCGUCAUCCGGAGCUUCGGCGUCGUGGGCUUGCAGAGGCACAUCAGAGAGGGCGUGAGGCUGGCCAAGAAGUUCGAGGCUCUGGUGAGGUCUGAUGACAGGUUCGAAGUACCAGCAGUACGGUACCUGGGAAUGGUGGUGUUCAGACUUAAGGGUGACAAUGAACUCACAGAGAAGCUGCUGAAGACACUAAACUCAACGGGCAAGCUACACUGUGUGCCAGCCUCUCUCAAGGGCAGAUAUGUCAUAAGAUUCACCGUGACGGCCACACACACCACCCUAGAUGACAUCUCUCGAGACUGGACCAUCAUCAGAGCCGUGGCUUCAGAGGUUCUCUCAGACACUACCUCUGAGCAGCACAAGGCCAAAGUCUUCCUCAAAGUGCAUGGAAAUCGUAAACAUGUGCCUAGGUUCGACGCAGGCACUCGUAGAUGUGAUGUUCAGGUGUUUGCUGACAUUGACAUCCUAGCAUUUCAGUGGCAUGACAAACGUGAUGUCACACUGUUGACAUCACUUCACCGACACAAAAUGGUAGAUUACAGCCUCAAUAUGCAUACAAAGAUAGUCAUUCUUGGUGAAACAUAUCCUUCAUUAAAUGUCCUAAACUAUGCUUAA